UGACAAGAAGAUGACAUGACCGAUGAUUGAUGUUGCUAUUUUUUUUACAGUUAUAACCAAAAUAAAAUGUAUUAUAUUUCAAAAUUUUGUCGAAUAUGUGUUCAACCAAAGAACAAAUUAAUAGAUCUUGAUAUUGAAGAUUUUGAUAAAGUGAAAUUAAGUGAAAAAUUGGAAGUUUGCACAAAAAUGGUUGUCACCAAAGAAAGUCUUUCUACUGAAAUUUGUUUGGAAUGUCUGUCCAAACUUCGCACAUCCUACCAUUUCCUUAAUAUGUGCAAGAAAUCAACCAAAAAAUUACAUGGAUACUACAAAACCUUAUUGUCUAAAGAGGAAAGAGAUCAAGACUUGAAACGCUUUGUCAAUGCAGAUUUGCAUGUAGAAGUCACUCCAGUAAGGACAGUAAACUUGUGUAAAGUAAAUGAUUUCUGUGAUGACAAUGAGACUCAUAGUGUUAGAGAAAAACGUAAGAGAAUUACAAAGGAACAACGCUGCUCUUUAUUAAAACGACUACUUACAAAUCCAGAUCAAAAUAAAAGAGAUUGGGAUAAUGUUUCACGGAAAUAUAACGGAGGGCUAAAAAAUAUUAUAAACUUUACAAAAAAUUAUGAAUUUGGUGGAAUUUUGGAUAAAAAUUCAAACUAUGAAACAACUGCAUUAGAAAAAUUAAAGGCAUUUUCAGUUGAGUUUUUUAGAAAAGAUUUUUCUGAAUUUAAAAACACAAUAUUAUACAUCAUAGAAAACAAAGAUAAUUUAUGUGAGAGUGGAGACAGUGAAGAUGAAGAUUUUUUUAAUAAUAAGCUUGAAGAUGAAUCAAAAGAAAAUAUUGUAAAAUUUGAAGAAGUUAUCAUUGAACCUGAUAUAAAAAUAAAAACGGAAUUUGAAUAUGAGGAAGGAGAAUGUUCUUUAGAUUAUACAGAAAAUAUUCAAUGCAAAGAAGAGAUAAAAGAGGAACAGGACAGCCAUGAACACUUUUCUAAUUCAAGUUCUCUAAAUUAUAGUGAAUACCCAGAGGAGCCUUCAUUAACAAUUGAAAAAGUUAGUUCUAUGGUAUCUCUAAAUAAUUUUGUUGGUAACUAUCAGCAUAAACGAACAUUUUCCUCAAGUAAUGUGAGAUGUAGAACAAGGGAAAACCCUUAUAUUAAUCCCCUUUUAAAACAACAAUUUUUAUAUAGAAGUUUUAGGUGUGAACAAUGUAAUAGGUACUUUAAGAGUCCAGGGUAUUUAAAAGCACAUUACUCAAAAGUCCAUUAAAGUUUCAAUAUUGAGUCAAUGGUUUUUAUAUAUUUGUUGAAAUUGUUUUCGAUAUACUUUAAAAUUUAUAUUAUUUUUAAUAGUUAUAUUGUAAAUAUGUAUAGGUAAAUAUACUAUUUUUCAUCAAUCAUGUAUAUAACCAGAGGUGGCAAUUGGGUGUCAAAAUGAAAAACAAGGAACUGUCAAUGUAAAUGGAAGGGAUUGUCAACAACAUAAAAAAUGAGGUAAAGAGCAACCUCCAAUCACCACCACUGGACAUAACCAUAUAAGGUAAAUCUAAUGUUUUUGUUUUAUAAACAAAUUAAUAUAGUCAGAAAGGAUUGACUUAAUAGACAUUUUAAUGUAUUAAUUAUAAAUUAAUAUUUAAUAUAUUUACUAUGUAAAUGUUACAAAAUAUUCCAAUAAGAGGCAUUUACACUAUUAAAUUAUGUGUGUAUAAAAUCUACACAGACCAUAAAGUAUCGUCCCCAUGUAUUUAUUUUUUAUAAAAUUAACUUCAUUAAAGAUUACUUUCAAUUAAGGUAUUAAAAAGGAGUAAUAUACAGGGUGGGUACUUUUUAUAUACCACUUCUACCUUGGUAUGAAAGAAAUGGUAAGAAACUUUCUUUGUGCUAGUAAAAGGUCAGAAACUGAUUUAAAAUAGAACAAAUGUUAUUAAAGUCUGAAGAGCUAGCCAUACUACGUCAAUGAAAAAUCUUAGAUUUAUGAAGUAUCUGAGGUUUAGUAGUCACAAUAUACUGGUUUAAAGUAUCUAGAACAAGUGUUAUUAAUGUCUGAAUCAUUAGAUUUACAAAGUCUUUCAGAUUUAAGAUCUCAAUAUACUUCACAAAAUAGGUCUUCAUGAAGUAAGACAUUUAAUGCCUAAUUUCAACACAUUCAGAAACAACAUUUGAUGACAGAUUUCAUAUUUAAUUUGAGAACUAAAUAUUAGAAACUUUUGAAAUUCUCUAUGAAAUUAAAAAUAAACCUUGAUAUAGUCUAAAAAAUAUGAUAAUCAGAUAAUAUGCAAAUGUCUCUUAUUUUUACCAUCUAGUUAUAUUUUAGAUAAAUCUUUGAAGGCCUAAUUUUGUAUUCUAAAUACCAAUAGAUUUUAUUUGUGUACAAAAAAAUCAAAUUAUUACUACGUUUAUCAAAAAAAGUAGGUAAUUAUAACAAAUUGUGAUUAUUCACUUAUUUAGUUUAUUUAAUAAAAAUGUUACUGUAUUCAUGAAAAGGUACCUAAAAACUUUCUUUGUUUAAAUAAUGAAUUUGUAAAAAUUGUCCAAAAUUGUAUUUACCAACUUUAUCCAUGAUAAAACCCAGCUAUUGAUUUGAGAGCAAACUGCGAACACUUUCAAAAUUUCUAAUUCCUUCUGAGCCUUAUUUAUUUUUAAUUCAAUUUUUGUGAAAUUUUCAGGAAAUACCAAUAAUAACAAAACUAAAACUGAAGAAUCCUUGAUUUUUUUGUAAACCUUAGAAAAGUAUUUAUUUUGAUAAUUUUUAAAAGAAAUUAAAAAAACAUUUUGUAUUAAAUCUAUUAAUUGGCUGCUUUUUGUUUUAAUAAGACCUAGUAGUUUUUAAAUGGGAGGGUAUCCCAUUUUCUUUCUUAAAUGUCUCUGUAGCCUUAAUUUUGCAGAAAUUUAGAGCUUUCAAUUUUCUUGAGACACAUAACAACGCGAACUAUGCCCAGUGGCGAGAGGUACGGUUUGCUCUCAAUCUGUCUUUUUUAUCACUGGAAAAACAUUGAAUAUACAUAUUGAUAAGCUUAAAAGCGACUUUUAUUAUUUUUAACUAAAACGGACUAUUUUAAAAUAAAAUAAUAUUAUUACCAAGUUAUAUUAAUACAUUCAUGGAUACAACAGUAGGAUUUUUAAUUUUCUGUUAUUAUUGUUUUCUUUAAUGCACUCUACACUCACAACGUGAAAUCUUUGAAACGGGUUCCAAAAACCGACUCGGAUCGGAGAACAAGGCGUAAAUACGCUUGAAAUACGUAAAUAAAAGCGAAAAUCAUAUACACUGACGUUCGUAGAGCUUCAUGGACUUUCGCGGGGUGAAUCUGGAGCCUGCUAAAAGGUACCAUUUCGGAACGCGCGACAGACGAUAUACGACAGCAGACGCGACGGCAAAGGAGACCAAGAAUGGUCUCUUCAUGUCUGAACACAUGCAAUUAUAUAAAACACAUUUCGCAAGGCGCGACCAGUACAAGAGACAGAAGUCGACGACAAAUAGAUCGGUCUCGGGGUAGCCUUUGCUACCUGUCUCGCUUAGUCAUCGCUUGUAUUUCGAGGUGAUUAGUCGAUAUUUUAUAGAAAUGGUAGUUGCAAAGUUCUAUCCUGGGCAGUGUUGCCAGAUGAAAAUUUGCUGGAACAGUAUGGGUGAAAAAAAAAACCGUAGAUCGGAACAGUAUAUUUUAAUACAGGGGGAAACGAAAAAUAAUUUUUCUACCCAAAUUAGAAAGUAAAAGAAUAAAAACAAAUAAUAAAAUUUUUAAUAUAUACUUAACGUCCGGAAAAAAAACCAAUGAAAAAUAAUAGAUCAGUCUGAAUCAGAUAAUUCAAAUAGCAUGCAUGUUCUUUUUAUGAUGCCUUAUUAAUUCUUGUUGCAUUUUAAAUAAAAACGUAAUGCUUAUCGUGAGGUUUUUUUUUUAAGGAGCAAACCUACAGUAGUGGAUGCUUAUUACGCUGUUUUUACUUCAGCAAAUUUACUAGAGAAAAUAUUAUUUGACCAUUUGCUGAAGAAUGAGGCAAACUUAAUAAAAUAAGAACAACAUUUGUUAAGUUGGUGAAAACAGUAGAUUUCAUGCCUAAAACAGGAGAACAGAGACAAAAACAGCAACACUGAUCGUUCCCUCGAAUUGUCGUCUGCGAUUGUCGUGUCGCCUGUCUCCUUCCCAGACAGCACACCAAAUCCUUUGGAUAUCUACUGGACAUCCCAAUAUCCACUGAAUGUCCAGUCCACAGUGGAUAUCUAUUUCAUGAGAUGUAAUUUAUAGACAUGUCCAUAAAUAAUAGUAAUUAUAUAGCAAAUUAUUAAAAAAUUACGCCAUUGUGCUCGCCAUUGUGGCUAAUAGUACCAUUCAGAUAUUUAAAAUUAUUUUUAAGGUGUAUUCAAUAUCCCAUGGACAUUCACUAAAUAUAUCAAAGUCUAGGCGCGAACGCAAACCAUGGUGGAUAUCUACUAGAUGUAAUUUUUGAUUUUGCCCACUAAGAAGAAAGUCAUUCUUGAACCGGUUUCGUCCUUAUUAGGACUAGAAUUAUUUCCUUUUUUAAGAAUAGCUCGCCUGGCUUUUAUUCCACCUAGUCUCUGAACUAGGUACCACAGCGACCUUUGAUUUUGCUUACUAAGUAUAGAUGGCGAUACCACUUGCGCUCGUUGAAUAUCUACUCAUGCUCAACCCGCCGUAACUGAGUUCGAUCGAAAUUGGUAUUGCAAUUUGCAAUCAGACUCCAUUAGAGACUGGAGUCGAGAAUUUCUAUUUAUUGCUGAAGAGUCCUAAUGAGGAUGACUUUCUCCUUAGUGGGCAAAAUCAAAGGCAGAGUGUUGAAAAUAUUUUCUAUCUCUGCUAUUUUCUUUCGACGUUAUUCAAUAAUCAUUGGUUACUUAUGAACCUCUACUAAAGGUAUCCAUAAAAUAUUUUGCUGAAUAUCCAUAUUAGAUCCACUGGAUAUAUUGGAUAUCCACAAAAUAUAUUCUGUGGAUAUCUCUGGGAUUUCUUGUAUUGUCUGGGAGAUACCCAUUAGAUAUUUAGCUGGAUAUCCAUAGGAUAUCUCCUAUAUUCUCGAUAUAGACGGACAUUUGGAUAUCCAUAUUAGAUCCACAGGAUAUUUCUGAUUAUCCUGU